AUGUCCGCCGGACGUCGGGCCGCUCUGCUGCUGACGCUGGCGGCCCUCGGCAGCCAGGCGCGCAUCCAGCGGCGCUGUUUCUCGCAGGGUCUGGAGCGCUACUUCCAGGAGGGUUCCCAGUGGACAGAGCCGACCUGCCGGCGCGGCCGCUGCCUGCGCGGCAGGGUGGUGCUGGACGACUGCCCGCCUCUGGUCGAUCCGCUGCCGCCCGACUGCCACCCCGCCGCCGGCCAGAGCGACGUGGACAGUGCGACCAACACGGUAGUUCUCAGCGCUGUGCCGUGCCCGCUGGCGGCCCCUCCGUUCCCGGACUGCGAGCUGGUCGACGGACCGACGUCGGCAGAGUACCCCGCCUGCUGCCCCAUACUGCGCUGUCCAGACCGCUGUUUCUCCGAGAGUCUGGGCCGCUGGUUCUCCAAGGGCGACGAGUGGACCGAGGAGGGCUGCACCCGAGCCCGCUGUGUGGACACUGACCAGGUGGCCUUGCUGCCGUGUGGACUGGUGGCCGCCGACGGGCCCAACUGUCGUGUGGUACCCGGCAACGCCUCGGCCGACUACCCCGCCUGCUGCGUCUCUGUCGAGUGCGAGAUCGACAGGCCCUGCUAUGUGGAGGAGCUCGAUCGACAUUUUGCCGUCGGGGAGACCUGGACGCUGCCCGGGUGUGGUCAGGCCACCUGUGAACAGGGAGGGGCUGUCUCCGGUAAAGGAUGCGGUCUGAUUGGGAUUCCUCCCGGCUAUCCCUGCUCCCUGAACGACGGUGAUGACAGUUUGGAGUACCCCGAGUGUUGUCCAAGAGUCACAUGCCCUGAGUGCUACUCCGAGAUCCUCGACCGCUUCUUCGGGCCUGGAGAUACCUGGACAGGCCCAGGCUGCACAAAGGUCAAGUGUGGGGUGGACAGUGCGACCAACACGGUAGUUCUCAGCGCUGUGCCGUGCCCGCUGGCGGCCCCUCCGUUCCCGGACUGCGAGCUGGUCGACGGACCGACGUCGGCAGAGUACCCCGCCUGCUGCCCCACACUGCGCUGUCCAGACCGCUGUUUCUCCGAGAGUUUGGGCCGCUGGUUCUCCAAGGGCGACGAGUGGACCGAGGAGGGCUGCACCCGAGCCCGCUGUGUGGACACUGACCAGGUGGUCUUGCUGCCAUGUGGACUGGUGGCCGCCGACGGGCCCAACUGUCGUGUGGUACCGGGCAACGCCUCGGCCGACUACCCCGCCUGCUGCGUCUCUGUCGAGUGCGAGACCGACAGGCCCUGCUAUGUGGAGGAGCUCGAUCGACACUUUGCCGUCGGGGAGACCUGGACGCUGCCCGGGUGUGGUCAGGCCACCUGUGAACAGGGAGGGGCUGUAUCCGGUAAAGGAUGCGGUCUGAUUAGAAUUCCUCCCGGCUACCCCUGCUCUGUUGAUGACGGUGAUGACAGUUUGGAGUACCCCGAGUGUUGUCCGAAGGUCACUUGCCGAGAGUGCCACUCCAAAGCCCUCGACCGUUUCUUCGCUCCCGGGAAAACGUGGACGGAACCUGGCUGCAUCAAGACUAAAUGUACCUUGGACGAGCGUGGGUCAGCGACAAUGAGCGCUGUGCCGUGCCCGCUGGCGGCUCCUCCGUUCCCGGACUGCGAGCUGGUCGACGGACCGACGUCGGCAGAGUAUCCCGCCUGCUGUCCCACACUGCGCUGUCCAGACCGCUGCUUCUCCGAGAGUCUGGGCCGCUGGUUCUCCAAGGGCGACGAGUGGACCGAGGAGGGCUGCACCCGAGCGUUCUGCACCGGCACUGACCAGAUCGGCAUGCUGCCGUGCGGACUCCGGGCUCUGCCGAGGCCCGACUGUGAGCUGGUCUCUCCAUCCGCCGGCGCCGAGUACCCCCAGUGCUGCCCGGUACCGCGCUGCCCGGGCGCCUGCUUCUCGCGCGGCCUGCAGAAACUGUUCGAGAUCGGCAGCUCGUGGACCGACCCCGGCUGCAGGCACCUGGUCUGCAUCGGCACCGAUAUGGUGGUCAACGACGAGCAAUGCGAACUCGACUGGAUCCCCUCCGGCUGCGACGUGGUCGACGGCAAGGGCGACACGUUCCCAGACUGCUGCCCCACUAUAGAGUGUCCCGAUCCGUAUUAG